UAAAAUGGAGGGAUCGGUAGUUUCCCCUCGCAUCAUGACAUUUCUUAGAAAAUUCCUUCCCCUUUUAAGAGCAACCAAAGCCAGUGCGGUGAAGAAAAGCGAAGAGCUUGCUUCACCAGAAAACUUAGAACUCCUCCAAACCGAACGGCACCAAUACCGACAACCCCAAACUGGUGAAAGGAGGAGGGAGAGAGGAAGAAGAAGAACAAGACGAAGAAGAAGAAGAUCAAAGAUGGUGAGGGAGAAGAUUCAGAUCAAGAAGAUUGAUAACGCCACGGCUAGGCAAGUCACCUUCUCAAAGCGGCGAAGAGGGCUUUUCAAGAAAGCUGAGGAGCUAUCUGUGCUUUGUGAUGCUGAUGUUGCUCUUAUUAUCUUUUCUUCUACUGGAAAGCUCUUCGAGUACUCCAGCUCAAGCAUGAAAGAAAUACUCGAAAGACAUCAUUUGCACUCCAAGAACCUGGGGAAACUGGAUCAACCGUCUCUUGAGUUGCAGCUAGUAGAGAACAGCAACUACUCCAGAUUGAGCAAGGAAAUUGCAGAGAAAAGCCAUCAACUGAGGCAGAUGAGAGGAGAGGAGCUUCAAGGAUUAAAUAUUGAAGAACUGCAGCAGCUGGAGAAGUCACUUGAGGCUGGAUUAAGCCGUGUGAUUGAAAAAAAGGGUGAGAAGAUUAUGACAGAGAUAAGCGACCUUCAAAAAAAGGGAAUGCAGCUGAUGGAAGAGAACGAACGAUUACGACUGCAAGUGGCAGAGAUAUCUAAUGGCCGAAGGCACAUUGGUAACGACUCAGAGAAUGUAAUUGCUGAAGAAGGUCAGUCAUCAGAAUCCGUCACAAAUGUCUGCAACUCUACCGGUGCUCCUCCUCAUGAUUACGAGAGCUCCGACACCUCCCUCAAGCUAGGGCUACCCUAUGCUGGGUGAAUGGGAAGUAUGCUCUGAGGAGGAGCUAAUUAAUUAAAGGAAAACAAAAAUAUCUCAUGUAUAGUUUGGGUACAUUUGAGAUGUACUGUGAAUCUGACCCAUGCUGUUGUGUUAGAUCAGCCUAGCUAGAGGUACUUUGAAUUUUAAGUACCCUUUUUGAGUUGUUAGUCAGAUAUUUAAUUUCUUAUUAAAGCUAUUAUGUAUUUUGACUAUACAUUAAAGAGCCCCUCCCUUUUAUCUC